AUUACCCUCAUUUCAUUGCAAACGUUAGAGUAAAAAUCGUCACCUUUCUCAUUGUCGGUUCGGCCUAUCGAGAAGUUGAAAGUUCUUAUAUUGUGUCGUGUAUUAAAUCGCUUAAAACAACGUAAUUAUGAAUUCUAAAUACGCUUAUCAAAAAGUUCCUGAACACUGUAUCCUAGGCGGUGCUGCCUUUGAAUCCUUUAGAGAAACCCUACGAAGUAAGAUGUCGGGAGGCGCCAAGCUGAUCUCAGGCACUGAAGUGGCCAAUGAAAUACGAGUAUCUUUAAAACAACAAAUUGACGAUAUUAAAGCUAAGCUUCCGAAUUUCACACCCGGUCUCCGAAUUUUACAAGUGGGUGGACGUGAGGAUUCUAAUGUUUAUAUUCGCAUGAAGAUCAAAGCAGCUACCGAAAUUGGCAUCACAGCUGAACACAUAAAACUACCACGUACUGUGACCGAAAUCGAGCUACUUGAGAAGAUAACGGAAUUGAACUUAGAUCCCAAUGUACAUGGCAUUAUAGUGCAAAUGCCUCUUGACUCUGAAACUACAAUUGAUUCUCAUAAGGUCACUGAUGCUGUUUGCCCAGAUAAGGAUGUCGAUGGUCUUCAUACAGUCAAUGAAGGACGUGUAGCCAUAGGUGAUCUGAAUGGUUUCCUGCCUUGUACACCAUGGGGUUGCAUCGAGCUAAUUAAACGCUCUGGUGUUCAAAUUUCUGGGGCAAAGGCAGUUGUUGUCGGGAGAAGCAAAAUUGUAGGCACACCCGUAUCACAAUUAUUAAAGUGGGAGAACGCCACGGUCACCGUUUGCCACUCUAAAACAAAAAAUCUAGAGGAAAUUUGUCGUACCGCCGAUAUUUUAGUUGUUGCUAUCGGUGUGCCGGAAAUGGUGAAAGGAAGCUGGAUUAAACCGGGAGCUGUUGUUGUUGAUUGUGGAAUCAACAUCAAGCCAGAUUCUACUAGACAGAGCGGCACUCGAUUAGUCGGUGAUGUUCUUUUCGAUGAAGUAAAACAAGUAGCUUCUUUUGUAACUCCCGUUCCUUGUGGUGUCGGACCAAUGACUGUUGCAAUGCUAAUGAAGAAUACGGUACGAUCGGCCUUAACGGCUGCUGAAAAAUUAGUACAAACUACAUGGGAUUUGGCGCCAUUAACUUUGGCUAAAGUUAGGCCCGUGCCGUCAGACAUUAUUAUUGCACGAUCCCAAAAACCCAAGCAUAUCUCUAAUUUAGCAAAGGAGAUCGGUUUGAUUGGCAGGGAGGUAUCGCCAUACGGGGACAAAAAAGCUAAAAUAUCUUUGAGUGUUGUUGAACGCUUGAAGAAUAGGUCUGAUGGUUCCUAUAUAGUUGUAGCUGGUAUUACGCCCACUCCGCUUGGUGAAGGUAAAAGUACAACACUAAUUGGACUUGUUCAGGCGCUUAGUGCGCACAAGGGGCGUAACGCGAUAGCUUGCAUGCGUCAACCAUCACAAGGUCCAACAUUUGGUAUUAAGGGUGGUGCUGCCGGUGGUGGUUACGCCCAAGUAAUACCCAUGGAUGAAUUUAAUUUGCACUUAACUGGUGAUAUUCACGCUGUUUCUGCAGCCAACAAUUUGCUUGCCGCUCAACUGGAUACCCGUAUUUUUCAUGAAAAUACCCAAAAAGAUCAAUCUCUUUAUGAUCGGUUAGUGCCACGUAUUAAAGGUCAACGCAAAUUUUCAAAAAUACAAUUACGCCGCUUGCAACGAUUAGGAAUUUCCAAGACUGAUCCAGAUUCCUUAACACCAGAAGAACAAAGUCGUUUCGCCCGUUUGAACAUUGAUCCCGAUACAAUAAUGUGGGAACGAGUUAUUGAUAUGAAUGACCGUUAUUUACGUGAAGUUACAAUUGGUCAAUCACCCACCGAAAAAAAUUUUACUCGUAAAACAUCGUUUGCUAUUUCAGUGGCUAGCGAAAUAAUGGCGGUGCUGGCUCUUGCCACGGAUAUGGAAGACAUGAAGCAACGCUUAGCAAAUAUGGUGGUAGGAUUUGAUCGCAACGGGAAGCCUGUGACUGCUGAUGACCUUGGUGUUACUGGAGCUCUUACUGUUUUGCUAAAAGAUGCUCUAGAACCUACUUUAAUGCAAACAUUGGAGGGCACUCCAGUUUUGGUUCAUACUGGCCCGUUUGCAAAUAUAGCUCACGGAUGUUCCUCAAUUGUUGCUGAUAGAAUCGGACUAAAAUUAGUGGGCGGAAAAGGUUUCGUAUGUACAGAGGCUGGUUUCGGAUCAGAUAUUGGCAUGGAAAAAUUCUGUAAUGUAAAGUGCCGUUCGUCUGGCCUAAAACCUAAUGCUAUGGUGUUAGUCGCUACAGUUCGUGCGCUCAAAAUGCAUGGAGGUGGUGCUCCAGUCACUCCUGGCGCUCCUCUCAAUAAGCAAUAUACUGAGGAGAAUUUAGAAUUGCUAAAAAAAGGUCUACCUAAUCUUCUUCAGCAUAUUUCCAAUGGUCAGAAAUUUGGUUUCCCCGUUAUAGUUGCUAUUAAUCGUCAUACAUCUGAUACGCAUGCUGAACAUAAUCUUAUUAAGGAAGCCGCAUUAAAUGCCGGUGCAUAUGCGGCAGUUUUAUGUACGCAUUGGAGCGAUGGUGGCGAAGGUGCUUCCGAGCUAGCCGACGCGGUAAUAAAAGCUUGUGAAAAGCCGAGCGGAUUCAAGUUGCUUUACGACAUUAAUUUGCCUCUUGAGGAUAAAAUGAAUAUAAUAGCGCAGAACAUGUAUGGGGCAGCAAAAGUAGAACUAACGCCAAAAGCCGUUGCAUCUUUGUUAAAACUGAACUCGGCCGGUUUUGGAAAUCUACCUGUUUGCAUGUCGAAAACUUCCGGUUCUCUUACUGGCGAUGCAGCUAUUAAGGGAGCGCCGAAAGGAUUUACUUUGACUGUACAGGAUGUGUACGUUUCUGCAGGAGCUGGCUUUGUGGUUGCUAUGUGUGGGGAAAUCACCAAAAUGCCAGGUCUUUCUACGCGCCCUGCUAUCUAUGAUAUUGAUUUUAAUACAGAAACUGGAGAGAUCGAAGGAUUGUUUUAAGGAAUUUGUUUAAUGCUAAAAAACUUUGACGUAACGGUUUUGUACAUAUACGCACAUUUGAUACGAAAAUAAAUGUACAUAUGUACAUUAAAAAUUUUUAUUUUGAA